CGGAAGUGGGCGCCGGGGGUUGCCAUGGGUGCGGCGGCGGUGGCGGCUGCUGCGGCCGGGGGUCGAUGCAGGUGUUGCGGGAAGGAGCGGUGCCAGGCGGACCCGUGCGGGGUCUUGUGCCUCCUGCUCACCUACCUCAGCGUGGGCUACGCCGACUACGUCGUCCUGGAGCAUGUCCUGCUGCAGCCGGGGUUCCGGGCUAGCCUCUGGUGUCCGUUCCACGCCGUGGCAUUCAACUUCAUUGUCGUCAUGCUGCUGGCCAGUCACACGCGGGCUGUCUUUGCAGACCCAGGCAUGGUCCCACUCCCCGACACUGCCAUUGACUUCUCUGACCUCCGGAGCAGCAGCGGCUCAUCCCACAAGAGCAGCCGGAAUAACGAGGACUGGACGGUGUGCAACCGCUGCGAGACGUACCGACCGCCUAGGGCUCACCACUGCCGCGUCUGCCACCGCUGUGUGCGCCGCAUGGAUCAUCACUGCCCGUGGAUAAACAACUGUGUUGGGGAGCUAAACCAGAAAUACUUCAUCCAGUUUCUCUUCUAUACAGGUUUGGCUAGUCUUUACGCCAUGGGGCUGGUCCUUACCACGUGGCUUUGGCCCCUGGACUCCAAGGGAGCCGAGGGAAGCGCUUCCGGCCACCCCCUCCGGACAGCCCACCGCAUCAUUUUGUUGGUGGAAUCUGUCCUCUUUGGCCUCUUCGUCACAGUCAUAUUCUAUGAUCAGCUGGUUUCCAUCAUCACCGACGAGACCCCGAUCGAGCAGCUGCGCAACCGACUCCGGAAGGAGCCACACCGGGAGGUGGCGCACACGCGGAAGCCCAAGAUCGCCCUUCUGCGAGAGGUCUUCGGCCGUGGCUUCAUGAUCUGCUGGUUCUUCCCGUGCAACUGCAGCUCUCCGUUGGCCAGCGGGCCCUCCUACAGCUACCUGCCCAACUAUGACGUGUGACCUCGUCGCGUCGCUCCCCGGGGG